AGCCUUUACCACCAUGCCGAAGGAAGAAAAACAAGAAGACAGGUAUUUUUAGGGCCAUUAACUUUGACCACGUGCCCCGAAGGUAAACUGGAUGGCCAUUGCGCAAAGGUUCUUCAUCGGUAUGUGCAACGAGGCCAGCACGCACUCGACGUUGACAGCAAUUGUUCUCUUGGGGUCUCUAUUGGGGAUUGUGUCAUCAUAUCCGAUUCCAAGCAGGACUAAUGCAACUUUAUUGGAGCAAAGGUGGGAGACCCUCUUUUCCCGCUCUGUUCUGGGAAUCUCUGGGGCGAAAUCGGACAUGAACUGGGAGAGUGACUAUUUGAUGGGCAUCAAGAGAGUGCGGCGACUUUACUGCAACGUGGGCAUUGGAUUUCACCUGCAGAUCCUCCCUGACGGCAGGAUAAACGGUGUACAUAAUGAGAACCAGUACAGUCUAAUAGAGAUCUCUACGGUGGAGAGAGGAGUGAUAAGUAUGUAUGGGGUGAGAAGUGAGCUGUUUGUCGCAAUGAACAGCAGAGGAAGGUUGUAUGGAACGAAAUUCUUCCGGGAUGAGUGCAAGUUCAAGGAGACCUUGCUGCCAAACAACUACAAUGCCUAUGAGUCUUCGGUUUACAAGGGCUCCUACAUCGCCCUCAGCAAACAUGGCCGCGCAAAGAGAGGCAACAAGGCCACCACCGCCAUGACUGUCACACACUUCCUCCCUCGAUUAUCAUGAUCAAAGCUGGCAAUAACUCACUAAUUUGCACAUGUGGAGGUUCUCCAAGGUAAUAUAGAAUUACACAAUAUAAAUAUAUACCAUUACAAAAGGAUUGCAAAAAACUACACAAGUAUUUAUUAUCUUUAUAUAUGUAUAUUUGGAUAGCUACCUUUGUAUUAGAACUUAUGGAUAUGCCAUUAUUUGCUGCUUAUCAUUAUCGAUUGAGGAGUGUAUUCACACCUUUUCUGGAAGUACAUACUGGUCGUAACGGGAGUAAAUCAAGAUAGUUGCUUAGCCAAACUCCAUAACAAACAGAUUUUUGACAUUAUAACGCUUGCAUAGCUGUCGAAUGGGAGCUUGAAUCGGAGCUUCCUGGGCGUUCUCUAACUCACAGAUACUGGGGCAGCUUCACCCUGUCUUUGGGGUGGAUGACUAAUAUCCUUAGGUUUUAGGAGGGAAAUGGAUACUUUUUAUUACCUCAGAGAACCACUUGACUGGAUAAAGAGAUGCAUGGAGUUACUGUAUGCUCAAAGUAAUACCUGUUUAGUCUAUCCUUUCUCUGAGACCUUUGAGCACUUGCUGGUUCACUCCCCUGUGUUCAAGAUUGCUAUUUUUUUUUUAGCAAAAAGGGGAUUUGAGAACGAGACUACUUAAAUGCACUUCCCUUGCUGAACGAUGUGAAGGUGCCUUGAUGUUCCCACUUGUGGCCCUCUUAAACUUGCAUGUAAGAGACACCCGCUGUAGUCAGAAA